AAGCGCAACGUUAACCCCCCCAACCCACCCCUCGUGUACAUAUAAAUAAACAACUGGCCGCUCAGCUACCCUCCCUAAACCACAACCCAACAACACCACACCGCUCUAACCACCCUCCUCCGUCCAUCCACCACCCAUCACAAUCGCCACAAUGCAAAUCUUUGUAAAAACCCUGACCGGCAAAACAAUAACCCUCGAAGUCGAGUCCUCCGACACCAUCGACAAUGUCAAAACAAAAAUCCAAGACAAGGAAGGGAUCCCGCCCGACCAGCAGCGGCUCAUCUUUGCCGGAAAGCAGCUGGAGGACGGACGCACGUUGAGUGACUACAACAUCCAGAAGGAGAGCACGUUGCAUUUGGUGCUGAGAUUGCGCGGCGGGGCGGGGGAGGAAACCACACUGGCGGAGACAUCAACGUCGUCGCUCGAGUCCACGACGGAGGCGAAUACGAAUACGAAUACGGGGACGGGUACGACACCGUCCCCCGCGAAGAAAUCCACACGGUGCAAGUUCCCGGCCUGCACGGCCAAGCCGGUCAAAAUCAUCGGGCUGUGUCGCUACUGCACGCACACGUUCUGUUCAAAGCAUCGGUUGCCCGAGGCGCAUCAGUGUCAGCAGAUGCAGAGCUGUCGGCAGGUGGCGGCGGAGAGGUUGGCGGGGAAGCUGUUGGGGGAGAAGUGCGUUGCUAGUAAAGUAUAGGCCCGGGGGCGUUUGAGGAGGGGGGU